ACAAUAAACGAAAUGAGAACAAACUGCAGGAGAGUUUGGUUUUUGUUUAUCCAAACCGGCCGCACUUUUUCCAUUGUUUGGAAGAAAGUCUACUUAAAAUUAAGAUUAGAAUGUAAAAAAUAAAUCAGUUUCUAUUUAAAGGCGAAGGAGAAUGGAAUAAUAAAAAACGGAAAGAAAUAAAAGCACCUAAACAACUAUGAAGUCUAACAUAUGGUCAAUUUUAUUAAUUUCUACUUUAUCGCUGACUUUGUGCCGGGCAGGAAAAAUUAAAAAUGUUUUAUUAUUGCUGGCCGAUGAUGCUGGCUUUGAGAUGGGAGCGUAUUUGAACAAAUAUUGUCAAACUCCAAAUUUGGAUAAUUUGGCCAGAAAAGGUUUACUUUUCAAUAAUGCCUUUACUUCAGUCAGUAGCUGUUCACCAAGUCGGGCCCAAAUUCUUACGGGACAGGCUAGCCAUGCCAAUGGUAUGUAUGGUUUACAUCAAGGUGUACACAAUUUCAAUGUUAUACCAGGUGUGAAAUCAUUACCAAAUGUCUUAAGGGAACACUCUAAAGGCUCGGUUUUGAGUGGUAUUAUUGGCAAGAAACAUGUGGGUUCGAAUAAUGAUUUUAAAUUUGAUUUUGAACAAACUGAGGAGCAACAUUCCAUUAAUCAAAUUGGUCGAAAUAUUACCAAUAUCAAAUUGUUCACAAGAGAAUUUUUGCAAAAGGCCAAAAAUGAAAAUAAGCCAUUCUUUUUAAUGGUAGCUUUUCAUGAUCCUCAUAGAUGCGGUCAUAUUACACCACAAUAUGGAGAGUUUUGCGAGAGAUGGGGAUCAGGUGAAGAAGGUAUGGGCACAAUACCCGAUUGGAAACCCAUAUACUAUGAUUGGCGUAAUUUGCAAGUACCAGCUUAUUUACCCGAUACUGAUGUUGUGCGUCAAGAAUUGUCUGCCCAAUAUAUGACCAUGUCCCGUUUGGAUCAGGGUAUUGGUCUGGUUCUAAGAGAAUUGCAAAAUAUUGGUUAUGACGAAAAUACUUUAGUUAUUUUCACCUCAGAUAAUGGACCACCAUUCCCCUUAGGUCGUACAAAUCUGUAUGAACAUGGUAUAAGAUCACCGUUUAUUUUGGCCUCGCCCAUUAAUGAGGACAGACAUUUGCAAACUACUGCAGCCAUGACCAGUUUAUUGGAUAUUUAUCCCACCGUUUUGGAGGCCUUAGGAAUAAAGCAAGAUAAUACAACCGAACAAACAUAUACCAAAUCCCUAUUGCCCCUUCUGAAGGCAGAACCUCAGCCAUUUGAAGAUGAUGCUGUUUUUGGUUCUCAUAAUUAUCAUGAAAUAACCAUGAACUAUCCAAUGCGUAUGAUACGUACUAGACGUUAUAAACUUAUACACAAUCUCAAUUACUGGUCCUACUUCCCCAUAGAUCAAGAUUUCUACACUUCACCCACAUUCCAACAAAUUCUUAAUGCCACAAUAAAUCAUCAACCAUUGGCCUGGUAUAAAAACUUACUGUCUUAUUAUCAACGCUCAGAAUGGGAAUUGUAUGAUAUAAAAACAGAUUCAUUGGAACGUUUCAAUUUGGUGGAUAAGCCCAAAUAUAAAGCAAUUUUGAAACAGUUAAAACAGCGUUUAUUAAAAUGGCAAAAUGAUACUAACGAUCCAUGGCGUUGUGCACCACAUGCUGUCCUACAGGCUCAGGGUGUUUUUAAAAAGAAUCCAGUAUGUUUGUCUUUGGCUCAUGAAGCUCUAAAGAAACCUUUAACUCACUACGAAAAAUAUGUAUUACUUUAAGUUUAAAUUUUAAUUAAGAAUGUAUUGAAAAAAAAUUAAAUUUUAUUAUUUUUAGCUGUGCAUUACAAAACUGAGUUAUUAUUAUAAUAAAGAACUCUUUUAGAAC